CCGGCUUUUCCACCACCUCCAUCUCCUCCUCCUCCACCUCCUCUUCCUUCCCCCAGCGGGCGUGCAGUCUCAGCCGGUUCAGACUGGCCAGGGUGCCCCUGCAGAGGAGAUCCAGGAGUGGGACCACCCCGGGAGUGACUUCCCGGGGUGGGGGUGGGGAAGGUGGAGCCGGCCGGGCGGGCUGCACUCCAUGUGUCCCGGGGGCAGAGGGCGGCGGCUGUAUAUUGCGCGCAGCGGGACCGGUCGCCCAGCGAAGGGCCGGGAUCAGCAGCCGGGGCCGGAGCUGCUCCAGCCGCCCCAGCCGAGUCCGUCACUCAGACCCGUCAGCGGACCGCUGCACUGAUCUCACCUCACGAUGGGGUUUCAGAAGUCACCUGACGGAGGGUGGGGCUGGGUGAUAGUGGUUGUCUCCUUCUUCACCCAGUUCCUCUGUUACGGAUCCCCGUUAGCUGUCGGGGUCUUGUACGUGGAAUGGUUGGAUGCCUUUGGCGAAGGAAAGGGAAAAACAGCCUGGGUGGGAUCCCUCGCAAGCGGAGUCGGCUUGCUUGCAAGUCCUGUGUGCAGUCUCUUCGUCUCAUCUUUUGGAGCGAGACCCGUCACGAUCUUUAGUGGCUUCCUCGUGGCUGGAGGCCUGAUGCUGAGUAGCCUUGCCCCCAAUAUCUACUUCCUGUUUUUCUCCUACGGCAUCGUUGUAGGUCUCGGAUGUGGCUUACUAUACACGGCGACGGUGACCAUCACAUGCCAGUAUUUUGACAGCCGCCGGGGCCUCGCCCUUGGCCUGAUUUCAACAGGUUCGAGUGUGGGGCUAUUCAUCUACGCCGCUCUGCAGAGGAUGCUGAUUGAGUUCUAUGGCUUGGAUGGGUGCCUGCUCAUCGUGGGAGCUUUAGCUUUAAACAUUCUAGCCUGUGGUAGCCUCAUGAGGCCCUUGCAAACCUCCGACUGUCCUUUUCCUGAAAAGAUAGCUCCGGAGAAUGUUCCAGACAGAUACUCCAUGUACAACGAGAAAGAGAAGAACCAAGAAGAAACUAUGACCUUCCAAGACAAGGGCUACAGUAACGAAGAUAAAUGCUUGCCCAAUGGUGACUGGGGAAGGGAGACUUCCCUUCCUAAAAGCCCUACAGGCGCUGCGCACACCAAGGAGCCCGAGCCGUACAAAAAGAAGGUCGUGGAACAGACUAAUUUUUGCAAGCAACUUGCCAAGAGGAAAUGGCAGGUAUAUAGGAACUACUGCGGAGAGACCGCGUCUCUUUUUAAAAACAAAGUCUUCUCCGCGCUUUUCAUCGCCAUCUUGCUAUUUGACAUCGGAGGGUUUCCACCGUCGCUGCUCAUGGAGGAUGUCGCGAGAAGUUACCACGUGCGGGAAGAAGAUCUUACCAUACCUCUCAUCUCCAUUUUUGGCAUCAUGACAGCCGUGGGCAAGCUUCUUUUAGGCAUCCUGGCUGACUUCAAGUGGAUCAACACCUUGUAUCUCUACGUAGCUACCCUGAUCGUCACUGGCCUGGCCUUGUGCGCAAUCCCUCUUGCCAAGAGUUACGUCUCGCUGGCAAUCCUUUCUGGGAUCUUGGGUUUCCUUACUGGUAAUUGGUCCAUCUUCCCGUAUGUGACCACGAAGACUGUGGGGAUUGACAAAUUAGCCCACGCCUAUGGAAUACUCAUGUUCUUUGCUGGACUUGGGAACAGCCUCGGGCCACCCAUAGUUGGUUGGUUCUAUGACUGGACCCAGACCUAUGACAUCGCCUUUUAUUUCAGUGGUUUCUGUGUCCUGCUGGGGGGCUUCAUCCUGCUGUUCGCCAUCUUGCCCUGUUGGGGUAUGUGCACCAAAAGGCUCCCUAAGCCAGCAGCACCAACAACCUUUUUCUACAAAGUUGCCUCUAAUGUUUAGAGGGAUAUUAAAAGGCCUUAUUUUCUCUAUUUUUCUACUUUAUACCAUUCAGCAAUAUUUGUAUGUAUGUAUGUAUGAGUAUAUGUAUGUAACAAAUUGUUAA